UUCACUGCAAUCUACUUCCGCGUUUGCGUUUAGCUUUUAAACCAGUUUUGACUGUUUAGCUUGGAACACAAAGCUGAUAUAUCCUUCUGUUGUCAAUAUAGUGUGUUUAUUUUAAAAUAUUCAUGAAUGUAGAUAUCCUGACGUUGAUUUCAGCUCUUUGGGUAAAAGGUUUCUGCUCUUCAGGCAUCUGCAAAAUUCAAGUUGACCAACCUGUGACGGCUGUUUUCCGGCUACAUCUGCGUGUUCACAUCACAAUGUCUGGAAGUCCUGCUGUGGUUAUGCGGCUGGUGGCAUCUGCCUACAAUGUUGCUGAAAAGGCUGGCUCCAUUGUGAGAAAGGUCCUUCACAGUGGAGAACUUGGCAUUGUGGAAAAGACAGGAGCUAAUGAUCUGCAGACACUGGCAGACAGACUGGCACAGCAGAGCAUUUGUGCAUCACUGUCCAGACGUUUCCCCAAAAUCACCAUCAUUGGAGAGGAGGAGCUUCCAGCGGAGGAGAUCAAGGAUGAUCUCAUUGAAAACGGUCACUCAGAGGAAAUCCUGCAGAAGACAUGUCCAGCAGAGUACAUCGGGCUGAAAGAGGAGGAGCUCGUUGUUUGGGUUGAUCCUCUGGAUGGUACAAAGGAAUACACUGAAGGGCUCCUGGAUAAUGUCACAGUGCUCAUUGGCAUCGCAUACCGAGGCAGAGCUAUUGCAGGCGUCAUCAACCAGCCUUUCUACAACUACCAGCUCGGAGGAGGAGAGGACUUAGGAAGGACCAUGUGGGGGAUACUGGGAUUGGGCGCCUUUGGAUUUCAGCUGCAGGAGGUCCCAGGAGAUAAACGAAUUGUUACCACCACGCGUUCUCAUAGUAACAAGCUGGUAACGGACUGCGUGGACGCCAUGGAGCCCCAUGAAGUCAUACGAGUGGGUGGUGCAGGAAACAAGAUCAUCCAGCUCGUUGAGGGAAAAGCUUCUGCUUACGUCUUCGCAAGUCCAGGAUGCAAGAAGUGGGACACCUGCGCUCCUGAAGCCAUUCUGCACGCCGUUGGAGGUAAGCUGACCGACAUGCAUGGUAAUGCAUACCGCUACAACGCUGAUGUAAAGCACAUGAAUUCUGCCGGGGUUCUUGCUACACUGCGGAACCACGAGUACUACAUCAGCAGAGUGCCAAAGUCAGUGCUGCAAGCCCUCAAGUCUGAGUGAGGUCUAUCUGCAUCACAAAUCACACUAAUGUCUCUCUGUGGUAGAAAGACUGUGACUGUACAUAAAGAGAGUUCAGUCCUCUCAAUACUUUUCAAACCUUCACAGAGAUUAUAUUCUGUACACACAUGCAGAAAAAACUUCUUGUGUUAGAAAUCAAUAAAUCUUUUUUGUACUUUUAAAAUGUUAAAUUACUGUAAUGUUUGAAAACACGUGAUUUUGUUGAAGCGGUCACAUCAAACAUGCAUCGUUCAUGGUUUCUGAACAUUAAAAUCAACCAGAGAGAGCAGGCUCAA